UUGUGAUUUCUUUUUGGGAAACGAAACAAAAUGUGGACAGUGUUAAAUUAUGUGCAUGUUAAAAGUGAAGAGAGGUUGGGAAAAAGAAAACAUUUUGGAGGGGCUUUUUUGUUGGGCUUGGAGUAAGGUCACUUUCCAUGGUUUCUAUAAUCCAUUGAUGAAAGCAAGUUGCAUCUGCUGCAUUUCUCUGCGACCCCACACCAACUCGGAGCCUGUUGCUGAUAAAUCUUCCCUGGUUGUGGUUACAAUUAUGCUCUGAAAUGGCAGUCAUUACGCUUUACAGUUGUACAAGCAAAGCUGCAGAAAACUCAGUUAACUGCCCAACCCUAUGGUGGAACGGGAUCCAUUGCUUCCCUCUUCAAUCUCCACUCCAUAAUCUUCCCUCUCCUUUUCUCUGCUUAUCGAUGAUUCGACCCCAGAAAGAAUUUGGGGCGCAAAAUUCGAGUUCGUCUUUGAUUUCCCUUUCCCUCGUGGUUCAAUCGUUUUCCUGCCCUCGCAUGGCGGCCCUUUAGCCAUCUUUGGCAGUCCCAAGUAAUUUUUCGAGUUUUCUUCUUUUGGUUUCCGCCAUGGCUAUUCGAGGGGUCGAUUUCAAAUGGUACGAUGGGUUCUUCUUGUCGAUGCUUGCUACUAGCAUAAUAAUUGUGACCAUCAAUUGGAAGCGAUACAAUACGUGUACAUACCCGUUGCACAUAUGGAUCGUGGUUGAUUAUACCUCUGUGUUUGCUUUUCGCCUUUUGCUGUUCAUAGAUAAUGCACUUGCUACUGGAAUGGGAUUGGAUUUUGGAUGGCAGCAGCAGUAUGCUCGGUUUUGUGGCAGAGUUGUGGUUCUUUCUAUUCUUUCUCUAUUGCUCUACCCGGUUUUAUGUGUGUGGACUGUUAUUGGAACCUUGUGGUUUAAAGAUGCUAAAGACUGUUUGCCAGAAGAAGGUCAAAAAUGGGGUUUUCUCAUUUGGUUGCUUUUUAGCUACUGUGCUCUGCUUUGCAUUGCUUGCACUUCAGUGGGAAAGUGGUUAGUGCGUAGGCAAGCGCACAUGUUACGUGCCCAACAAGGCAUACCCGUAUCAGAAUACGGGGUAUUGGUUGACAUGAUUAGGGUUCCUGAUUGGGCAUUUGAAGUUGCAGGACUGGAAACACGAGGCUUUGACCAAGAUUCUACUGGGUACCAUCCCGGGCUUUUCUUAACCUCGGCUCAGAGGGAAGCUGUGGAAGCUCUUAUCCAGGAACUUCCAAAGUUCAGGCUAAAGGCAGUCCCAACUGAUUGCAGUGAAUGCCCGAUUUGCCUCGAAGAAUUCCAUGUCGGUAAUGAGGUUCGCGGUAUGCCGUGUGCUCACAACUUCCACGUCGAAUGUAUCGAUGAGUGGCUUCGUCUUAAUGUCAAAUGUCCUCGGUGCCGCUCCUCAGUCUUCCCAAAUCUUGAUCUCAGCGCUCUUUCUGACCUGCGUUCGGACACAGACCAAACACCCACCAAUGGUUACAUAACAAGGCAACCUUCAAGUCUAUCGACAUCCAGUCCAGUCCCUGCAGCUCAUACAGUAAACACACAAGCCUCGAUACCGACACUGCCAUAGGCCCAUGAUACAGUGGAGAAUAAGAGCUCACUGAUGCCAUCUGCCUCUCGACAUUGAUCGUGUACAGAACGCCCUCCCGUCUGUCAAACCCCAUCUUUCUUGUCACUCCAACUUAACCAAAAUGCCGAUUAUUCCUAAGAAAGCACCAAGCUUUCUCCCCUAAAAUAAUCCCCAAACUUCAGCACUGAUAGAACAGAAAAGAUCUGACUUGUAUAGUUGUGUGUGUAAAAAAACACAAGAGGAGACAAGGACUGGCCAAUUAGUCAACUGUUUGUUAAGUUUCCAAAGAUGGCUAUAUUAAAAGCUUGUGAAUGUGAGAGUGAGCUUCAACGUUUGCAGUGAUGGGAGGAAAGAAGAGUUCACGUGGGUUUCCUCCAUUAGCCAUGUUCUUCACUCGUGGAUCCUACAGAUUCCUCACUACUUGACAAAUAUUCCCCAUCAGAUCCUCCCUUUCCAUUUCCAACCCAUCCUUUUGUCCUCUUCUUUACAAAAUUUUCCCUUUUCAUGUGUGUAAGAAAUGUAACUCCAUAGCAAAACGCACUUUCACAUCAGUUUACUUGUCAUUGGAUCAUAUCAAAUUGACCGUCGGAAGAACUUUAAGAGUAGAGAUUUGAACGGUGAAAUAAAAUUUGUCAUUAUAACUCUUGAUGUAUGCA